GUGAGUGGCCGAGCAGAAGAUAUCUCUCCUCCUUCGUCCUCCUUCUUACACAGAAGUCCUCACAACUAUGAUAAGCGUCGUAACACUGAGCGGCUCGACCGACAAAAAGGCUUGGCACCCUUGUCGCUAAAUUUUUUGCUUCACUCUUUUCACGUCAACACCAUCUCCGCAUCCGCCCCACCUUCCAAAGGCCGCAGCCGUGGCCGGCCUCUCCGCACGCAUCAACCAGGUAGCGCGCGGCCUAGACCCGAUGACGGCCCGACACCUCUUUACCGCCGGCUUCCUGCCUACCCUAACAUACUGUGCAGCCGCCCUCUUCCCUGGCCACACGCGAAUCGGACGCAGGGGCGGACAAGUGUCCACCAACAUCAAGACCGCGCUCGACGAGAUCGAGACAGCAGCAUCGAAGGCUCUCCGAAAAACAAUGUCGGUCUGGCGCACAGUCCCCAAGCUUGUCCCUUUCUGGUUGGCCGGCAUCGCCCCACCCGAAAUCAUCAGACGAGAAACGGCCCGGGCCGCGGCAGGGCUCGCCACCCUCCCGGCCCACCACCCGCUAACCCAACGCUUGCGCACGCCCCCACCGCGCGGCUGGUCCCAUCUCCACUCCCUCACCGAGUCCCAAGCCCCCCCGGAUGAAAACACACCGGAGGAAACGUGGCUCCCCCGCCUCCCCGGCCUCCGGAGAUGGCUCGCCCCCGACUCGGCAGAUAACGGAUUGGAGACGAUUGUGUAUGACCUCCUCCGUUGUGCAAAACAUGAUGAUGAAACGAAAGAAUCAAUGGGAACGAGAAGGGAAGAGAAACACUACCGAGAACUGACAUCUUCGUCCUACAACAAAAAGUCUUGGCGCCAAGUGUUAGUGUUAACGCUUGGUUGCCCGCAAAAUCCCUAACACCACCUAAAUCGCCGUUUUCACGGUCGAUAUUCCAACAACCACAACUAUAAAAUGUCUACGCCUUCGCCCUCUGGGGCCCCCAAACCACCGCCGCCGGCUAUAAUACCGGUUACUCCUCUGCCGGACCCCAUUUUCGUCCAGCCCCC